UUCAAGCGGUUUAUCAGGACUUCCUUCGCGGGAAAGCUUCAAGCUAGAACAAUCCUACGCAACAUUACUCUGCAAAGUCCUGUGACCCCAGAUAUUCUUCAUUAAUCAAUCAGAUGGUCGAGCCUCCAUAUGGCAUAUCUCAACAUUCAUGGUGUCCCUGUUAUUUCACUCAUUUCGACUAGCGACUCGCAGCCUGACAAAGCUCCCCAGAUGCCAUGCUCUUUCGCCUUCUGGUCAGCACAUAUCACGGGCCGAUCUGGUGGUGCUUUCUAGAUUCCCUGCUGGGUUCUCAGCGCCUCUUCACACGGCACUAUUUUUUCCUGGUUUGCACUCCGCCCAUCCUCUGUUACCAAUGCUGAGUCUCCGUAGGCCAUGGCGUUCAACGAGUGGGGAUGACCUCCGCGUGGCUGGACGCUUUUCCUUCCACCGCGAAGCCGUUUCUCGAAGAGAUGGAUAGCACUCUUAACGUUCGCCUCUCGACGAUUAUUUCGCACGGGCCAAACUCGAACCUAAACAAGACUGAGAAUUCUCAACCGGCAAUCAUGGCGACGUCGAUAUUGAUACUUCGUGUCCUGCAGGAACAUUUUGGCUUCGAUACCAGAGCGCUGAUCGAUGUUACAUUAGGUCAUAGUCUGGGGGAGUACGCCGCUUUGGUAGCUGGGGGCUAUUUGGGAUUUGGACCAGCCCUCAAGAUGGUUCGACGCAGGGCAGAGAUAAUGGCUCAAUGUACCGCUGAUGCAGGAAAACUGACCGGUGAAACUUAUGGAAUGGUAGCACUCGUCUGUGAGCCCGAUCGCUUGGCAGACUUAAUUACGACCAUCCAGGAAUUCUUGGAUCACAGUUCGCAGCGGUCAACCGACGAUAUCAGCGACGAGCUCUCACCAAUACAACAGGUUUCAAUUGCAAAUAUCAACUCGAAAAAUCAAAUUGUUCUUAGCGGUAGCAUUGAGCGGAUAAAAUACCUGUUGAUACAGCUUCGUCAGUUUUCCGGUCAUGAUCCAAGGGCUGUCCGCCUUAGAAGCGAGAGCCCGUUUCAUAGCCCGGUGAUGAAGCCAGCCGCGGAUUACAUGCGAAAGGCUCUUGAACACGUGGAAAUCCAAUUUUCCGAUUCGAUACCCUGCAUUUCGAACGUAUCCGCUGUUCCGUUCCGGUCAAAAGAUAACCUCAAAGACCUCCUUUCGAGACAGUGUGUGGAGACAGUGCGGUGGUGGGAUAGCAUACGAUAUCUGGAUCAGGAACGCGGUGUGAAACGGUGGAUUGGCAUUGGACCUGGCAAAGUUGGAAGAAAUCUUGUAGGAAAGGAAGUUGGAAAAUCGUCCGCUCGAGGAGGAGGAGUGUGGGCGAUCUGUGAUCCUAGGGAGAUUGAACAGACACUGACCGAUUUGAUCAAAAGUGAUGAGAAUACUGUAUAUUAAAAUCCUCAAUGGUACAAUAGAAAGGCGCCAUACAACAAUCCAAGCUUUUUUGAUUAUAACAGCU